AUGAGAGGGCUGGACCGGAUGGAAAUUCGGGGGGGUCGGUAUCUCCUGCUGGGUGAGGUCCUUGGACACAGCGCACUUGGUGCGCAGCCCGCGCAAGCUGCUCAUGGAGAUGCCGAUGAACUUCUGGAGCUGCCCACACUGCUGCAGCGCCCUGCUGGCCAAGGCCCCUGCACCUCCCUCCGCGGCUGCUGCAUCAGCCCCGCCACCGCCCUCCUUCUCUCCCAUCGCCGCCCUGCGCAGCGCCGCUCUAUGCAGGCAGCAGCGGCCGAGGCAGGGAGCCUGCGGCGCGGGCGCCUAGGGGAGGAACCCGGGAGCCAGGAGAGCUGGAGCAGGAGCGCCCCUCAGCGCUGCCGGAGCCAGGACGCCGACAGAGUUGGCAGCCAAGUCUGCUGCUCCCGCCCCCAGGGCCGCGGAGGCGGGGACAAAAAGCCGCGGCGGCGGUUGGGGGCAAAAAGCCGAGGUAGCAAAAACCCGCGGCGGAGGAGGCAAAAAGCCGCGGCGGCGGGCAGCAAAAGCCGCGGCGACGGGGGCAAAAAGCCACGGGGGCAAAAAGCCGCGGCGUUAAAAAGCCAUGGCGGCGGGCGUAAAAAGACCUGGUGGCAGGGGCAAAAAGCCGCUGCGACAGAAAGCCGCGGCGGCUGGGGCAAAAAGCCACGGCGGCAAAAGCAGCCGCGGGUGGGGGGUGGGCAAAAAGCCGCGGAGGCCUGGGCAAAAAGCCACUAA